GCGAUUAUAUCUGGUAUAUUCCGACAAACCGCACGGUAUCGAUAAUUGCGCGGUCACACUGCUAGCGUCUCGUUGGAAAAUAUAACGUGACGUGAUUGGGAGUGACUAAGUUUCGUUGUAAAGUGUGUGAGCCUACGACAAACGCAUUAAAGAAAUCGGCGGCGCAGGGAUUAUUGGAUUUCGUUUAGCACCCGCACACGAAACAAAAAGGACGGAACUGGAUUAGCCAAGGAUAUCGUCGAAUCGAGCGAUAGCAAAACAAAUUGGAGAAAAUGGGUGCAAGAGAAGACGAGUACGAUUAUCUGUUCAAAGUUGUCCUUAUCGGUGACUCCGGUGUUGGUAAAAGUAAUUUGCUCUCACGUUUCACGCGCAAUGAAUUCAAUUUGGAGUCCAAGUCGACGAUUGGCGUUGAGUUUGCAACACGCAGCAUAGAGGUCGAUGGAAAAACAAUUAAAGCGCAAAUCUGGGAUACGGCCGGCCAGGAGCGUUACCGCGCCAUCACCUCUGCCUACUACCGCGGUGCUGUGGGAGCCCUGCUCGUCUAUGACAUUGCCAAGCAUCUGACCUACGAGAACGUGGAGCGGUGGCUGCGGGAGCUGCGCGACCACGCCGACCAGAACAUCGUCAUCAUGCUGGUGGGCAACAAGUCCGACUUGCGGCACUUGCGCUCCGUGCCCACGGACGAGGCGAAGCUGUUUGCCGAGCGCAACGGCUUGAGUUUCAUAGAAACCUCGGCCCUCGACUCGACGAACGUUGAAACGGCAUUCCAGAACAUACUCACAGAGAUCUAUCGCAUUGUGUCGCAGAAACAGAUCAGAGAUCCGCCGGAAGGCGAUGUCAUUCGCCCGUCGAACGUGGAGCCCAUCGACGUGAAGCCGACUGUUACCGCCGAUGUGCGCAAGCAGUGCUGUCAGUGACCGCCCCAAGCAACUUUCGCUAUUCCCCGCAACCGCCAGAACAGCAACAUAAACAGAAGCAACAACAAUUACAACUACAACUACAACAACAACAGCAGCAGCAGCAACAACAACUAUAUCUUGAAGAUCAGAAGCAGCGGAUAUCUGAUGGAACGCAUAGGAUGUUUUUGUGUUUCUCAAUCACAGCCACUUGCAGUUUGUCAUAUGUGCAUAAAUUGAUAAAUCAAAUGAAAUCAACACCACCAGCAGCAGCAGCAGCAGCAACAGAAUCGAAAACAACAUCCGGCUGUAGUUAACUGCGGCUUAAACUGAAGUUUUAUAUAUAAAGAUCUAAAGAAUAUCGCAUAAAUCGAUCCGAUCGCCGUGGAAAGAAAGCAAGCAAAACUAAACACUCCAAAUUCAGUUUAAGCUGUAGAACUAUAAUUUAUAUAAAUAUACAUAUAUGCUAAUAUUAAAAAUAUUAAUAUUAUUAAUUUUUCGCAACAUAAAUAUAUAGUUGUAAUUUCUCGAGAAAAGCAACAACAAACAACCGGAAAUCUUCGAUUAUGAUGCAAAAAUUCAUUUCCACAACACUGCAGCGCGGACUUUUUUAGUUUUCACUACUACAUUUUCAACAAUUGGCCACUUGGUAAAAGCAAACAAAUUGUCUAAAACUAGCUGAUAAAGAUAAAUCAAACAAGAACAGUUGUAAAACUUUAAAUGCAUAAAUGAAACGAAAUAACA